GCAAAUUGUCGCGUCGCAUUACCAUCAGUGUUGCCAACUUUUGCAAAUUGCAAAAAGAAAAAAAAACGAAAAAAAAUCACAACUCGGCUGAAUUCGCUUAAAAGACAGCAACGCAAUAAACGCUGUGCUCGGACGACCUCUGAUAAACAACAACAGCAAAAACCAUUGAAAAGGACUCUGGACAAGCAGCUCGAAAAAAGGCUGAGUAGGCAACACUGUAGCCUGCGUUGCCGUCGCCGCCGCCGCCAAACACGUCGUCAUACAAAAUGAAUAAACCAAAGAGUACAGCGCUUUUUUGUUAAUUUUCGGAUUUUAAUUCGACUUCGUCGUCGCCGUUGUCGUCAUUAUCAUCAUCCGCAUCCGCAUUGUCAUCGCCACUUUUUGUAGCAGCUGUCUGUCGCUCCAAACCUCCCAACUCCCCCUGUCGCCUUGCUAGCCCUAUUUGGGGCCAAAAACAUCAUCAACACAACAAGCAUCUUGUGUAGAAAUUCGGUUUCUUCUUGUUCUACAGCAUUUCCCUUCACAACUUAGUUAUGUCAUCGACCGCCGGCAAACGCAAGGAGAUCUACAAAUAUCUGGCGCCAUGGCCAUUGUACUCCAUGAACUGGAGCGUGAGGCCGGACAAACGUUUUCGCCUUGCGCUCGGCAGCUUUAUCGAGGAGUACAACAACAAAGUGCAAAUCAUCAGCUUGGACGAGGAUACCAGCGAAUUUAGUGCUAAAAGCACCUUUGACCAUCCAUAUCCAACAACGAAAAUCAUGUGGAUACCCGACUCCAAGGGCAUCUAUCCAGAUUUAUUGGCCACCAGCGGUGAUUAUUUGCGUGUUUGGCGCGCCGGCGAGCCGGACACGCGUCUCGAGUGCGUCCUCAACAAUAACAAGAACAGUGACUUUUGUGCCCCACUCACGUCGUUUGAUUGGAACGAGGUCGAUCCCAAUUUGGUUGGCACCUCCUCCAUAGACACCACAUGCACAAUAUGGGGCCUCGAGACGGGGCAGCCGCAUGCCCGUGUCUAUGUUGCCGGCCAUGUGAAGACACAGCUGAUUGCCCACGACAAAGAGGUCUAUGACAUUGCAUUCUCACGAGCCGGCGGCGGCCGGGAUAUGUUUGCCUCUGUGGGCGCCGAUGGAUCUGUGCGCAUGUUCGAUUUGCGUCAUCUCGAGCACUCAACCAUUAUCUAUGAGGAUCCUGCACAUACGGCGCUGUUGCGCUUGGCCUGGAAUAAACAGGAUCCGAAUUACUUAGCCACAGUUGCCAUGGAUUCAUGCGAAGUUAUUAUUUUAGAUGUUCGUGUUCCUUGUACACCUGUUGCAAGACUGAGCAAUCACAGAGCGUGCGUCAACGGUAUUGCGUGGGCGCCGCAUAGUUCCUGUCACAUUUGCACUGCCGGUGAUGAUCACCAAGCACUGAUCUGGGAUAUACAACAAAUGCCACGCGCAAUCGAGGAUCCAAUUUUAGCCUAUACAGCUGCUGAAGGCGAAGUCAAUCAAAUACAAUGGGGUGCCACGCAACCCGAUUGGAUAGCCAUUUGCUAUAACAAAGCGUGCGAGAUCCUGCGGGUCUAAGAGUCAAUUCUUUCUUGCCCCAUACCACCCAACCAUACACAACUCACCACAGACAGACACACACCAAACCACACCACACACAAAAACGCUCUCUCCCCCCGUUUAAACGGGCAACUGAAGUCGCCACUGCUCUGAACGGUGAUUGUGAUUUGUGAUUAUGCAUGUAACUUUGGGCUUCAUCUCUUGUUGCAGCUCAAGAACAACGCACUUUAAUAACAACAGCAACAGCACCAGCAACAACAAUUGCAGCAGGCAACAUCACAGAUACACCCACAUAAACACACACACACACAAACAUAAUGUAGUUGUAGAAAGCGGAACGGUUUUUGUGUUUACGUCUGCAGUGGAGCAGCAAGUGGCAAGUGGGAAAAGGCAGAUGGGAGGAGGCAGCAACAGCAACAGCAGCAGUUGCAAUUGGAUGCAAUAAUGUUUAGCGCUUUUAGUUUAUACCGCAUGCUCUUUCGAGGAGCAUCUUAGAUUAGUUAACACACACACAUAUAUAUAUAUAUAUAUAUAUAUAUAUAUAUAUAUAUACAUAUAUAUAUAUAUUAAUUACGAAAUGAUAAACACACGAUAUUUAAGUCUCAAGGUAUAACCAAAAUAUGUAUUGCUAUUUGUAAUUUAUUUGACAAUUUAUGACGUUUGACUUUUUGCACAUUAUGUAUUUUCAUGCUGAAAGUUAAGAAAACACCAAAAGCCGCUUGAUCCGGGCGCUGUUUUUAUUUAUAAUUUAUUAUCGUUUUAUUUCAAUGACAAAACAAGUAACAUCAACAACAACAAGAACAACAACAAUGUCCUACCUCGUUUUCCAACAUGUCAAAAAUGUUGUUAACAAUUUGUGUCUAGCCGCAGCAACCACAGCAACAACAGAAACAACAACAAACACAAUAGAAGAGAGAAACCAAGAACAAAAAAAAUACUAAAAAAAAAAAACAACAAACAAACAAAACGCUUUUUUCGAAAUGUUUUUUAAUUCUUUGCUCCAAAAAAAAAACUUUUAUUGUACGUUUUCUAUGAGAACCAACAAAAAACAAAAAAAAAACACAAAAACAAAGGACUUAAGCAAAAUGAUAAAUGCAAAAAGCAAACAUAAAUACUUGUGUUAAGCAUAAAACAAAAACAAACAAAAAAUACAACUGCACAACCACAACAGCUAACAAACAAAAGCAAAAACAAAACAAAAAAAACAAUACAAUACUAUUUAAAAUACAACUAAAAACGAAACAAAACAACCGAAAUAUUAUAUGAGCGAGAGAGAAUACAAGAUUGUUGCUAUCCAUUUAAAACAAAAAACAAAAGAAAGAAAAACAAAAUAAUGACUGCAUACGAUUACCAUUAUAAAUAUAAUAAUAAUAAUAAUAACAAUUAAUUUCAUGUAACGAUCCUCACUCGUAAGCACUGAGAACAAAAAUAAUAGUACUACUAACCAAACCAGAAAACCAUUUUUUACGCUGCGCUCUGAGACUGAGACGAUUUAAGAGACAGAGACAGAUAGAGAUAGUGACAGACAUGGAGAUAGAGACAGAGAGAUACGAGAUAUAAAGAAAGAGAAGGAAAAUAAAUCAUACACAAGUCUCAUCGAAUAUAUUCAAAUAUAUAUUGUAUGUACAACUCUACUCCCCAUGAUAAGUGCAAUUUGUUUCAAUGUUUUUUGCUUUUGUUUUGUGUCCCAAAAAACCAUACAAAAAAAAAAAAAAAGAAAGAAAGAAAAACCAACAAACAAACAACAAAUCUCCAAGAAAAAACUCUGUAAACUGUGUAAACUCGACAAGACUUAGCCGCAUUGUAAAGCGAAAAAAAUACAAAACAAAUACGAAUCCCCCGUAAUAUCUGAAAAUCUGGAAAUUCGAAGCAGCUGCAAAUGAUUUGGCAAAAACGGUUUCUGUGUAACUCUGAGCAUUCAAAACAGCAACAUUAAUUAGCCAAAAGACAAACAAAAAACAAAGUAAAACCACAACAACCUUAUGUAUAUGGGUAAUUCUCUAACCUGAGACAAUUUUAAAAAUAAGAAAAAGUGAUUUUAAUAGCUCUAGUUGAGUACUUUAAUUAGAGCUAAGAAUGGUUUUGGAAUCUUCUUUCUGUUUUGUUU